AUGGAUACACCGCAAGCAGCAAAAACGCAAAUACCGUCACGUGACCGAAGUGGUCCCAAGAUUGAGCAUCGCGAUGCCGUUGGCACAUCAUCUUCGUCCCAGCAGGCCGCUAGCAAAGGCUCAACCGCAGCCAAAGGCACAGGAAGUUCUUCGUCCCUCCCCAUCCCAGUGCUCGACUCUGCUGCCUUUGCAACUGGCAAAGGCGGGGGAGCAUUACGAUCCAUCGAUAGCAAUUUUUCCGUAAACCCAAACACCGGCACCUUGUCCUUCAGCGUGCCCUUGCCUGUGUCAAAAUCACGUGGUGGUUUCCAGCCAUCACUUUCUCUCGAGUAUGAUUCGGGCCGUGGAAAUGGUGCCUUUGGCAUUGGUUGGCGACUUGGCGGUAUUUCAAGCAUUGCUCGCAAGAUGUCUCGUCGUAUUCCGACAUAUGGUCAAGAUGACGAUGGAGAAGACCUGGACACAUUCACGCUCACUGGCGCUGAUGAUUUAGUCCCUCUUAGCGACGAGACUGUCGAUGGCUUCGUCGUGAGGCAGUACGCACCCCGUGUACGUGGCGAUACAGAAAUGCGUAUUGAGCGCUGGAUGCAAGGCAGCCAUGUUAUCUUCUGGAGGACAAUUUCGUCUGAAAAUGUGACAAAUAUUUAUGGGCGUGACGAUUCCUCUCGUGAGAUGGAGAAUCCACAUCGAGUGUUUGCAUGGUUGCUCUGUGAAAGCUAUGAUGCGUAUGGCAACGCUAUAUCUUACACAUAUAAGAAAGGUGAUGAUGAAGGUAUCGAAGCUUUGCCUGCGGACAGAAAGGCAACUGAAACGAUGAGAGAUUCUAAGGCACUCACACGCGCGCGAUAUCUCAAGAGUAUCCGAUACGGAAACCAUACACCCAGUCGAGAUCUCGACAGAUGGAAGAUUAUCCCUGCCACCGCUAACAAGACCUGUGGAUGGUGUUUUAGUAUUGUACUCGAUUACGGAGAACAUGACCUUCAGUGCCCUACAACGUUGGAAUCUUCUCUUCCCUGGUCUGUCCGACAGGAUCCUUUCUCGACAGGAUCCCGGGGGUUUGAGGUACGCAGCCUCCGACUCUGCCAGCGAGUUCUCAUGUUUCAUCAUUUCUCUGAGCCGGGAGAACUCGGGCGUGAAAAUUGUCUGGUCGCCUCGAUGGAGAUCAAUUAUCAAGAAAGUCCUGCCGGGUCUGUCAUUGAACAGAUCACCUCCAAUGGCCAUGUAUUCGACGCGGCUCGGGGCGUGUAUGCCGCGCAGAGCAUGGCGCCUCUCAAACUACGCUAUAGCGGCUUGCCUGACCUCAAAAGUUUGCCAAUUACUACCAUCUGCCCGACCGCAUUGCAAAAUUUGCCCAUUUCCCGGCCUGACGCCGUCACUCGCUGGGUAGACCUGGAUGGCGAAGGCUCCCCGGGCUUGCUUGUGCAGCUAGAUGGAGCAUGGUACUUCCAGCGCAAUGAAAGUCCCUUGAUAGCCUGUAGUGAUGAUGAUAGCAGCUCUAUCACUAGUUCCGGGGUGGACACAGAAUCAGACGCUAGCAGCAUCAGCGACUCUGAGACGGAUAAGAUGCACCUUUUACCCAAGGACGGCUUUGGUCCUGUCCAUGAAUUGAGAGCCAUUCCGGGCCUGAAAGACUUUACUCGCAGCACCAUCGAAGAUAUUGAUGGAAACGGACAUCAGGACGUGGUUGUUGUGGAUGAACAAGGUCGCGCAUCUGGGUUCUACGAGCGAAUAGCUAGUGACGACGGAGAUGACGGCUGGACUCCAUUGCAAUUAUUUCCGCAAGUCGUCAACAUGGACGUUCAAACAGCCGAGGCAAAAACCCAUUCGAUGAGACUUGAUAUGACUGGCAAUGGACGACCAGACAUACUGCUCGAGGUAGCUGGUGGAGGUAGCGGUCUAACAUGGCAUGAGGCACUUGGCAAAAGAGGCAUGGAUGCUCUAAGGGAAUGCCAGAUAGCCAACGAUGCUCCAUCACCCACAACCCCGUCACUGAAUCUCACAGGAGAUGAUCGCACGGCAAUUUAUCUAGUGGACAUGUCUGGCGACGGUCUUCAGGAUAUCGUGCGUAUCACCAAUAACCUGAUAAGCUAUUGGCCCAAUUUGGGAUACGGAAGCUUCGGCCAUGAAAUAUCUAUGAGACUGCCAUGUCCUAUAAGCGAGGAUGACGCAAGCUUCAACUUUCUACGACUGCACCUGCUAGACGUCGAUGGUAGCGGUACUACAGAUAUCAUAUACCUUCCACCAGAAGGAGGAGCCAACGUCUUUUUCAAUCACAGUGGCAAUGCCUUCAGUGCGCCAUUAUCUCUACCCCAGUUCCCAAGCAUCAGCCGACUCACCUCAGUGUUUGCCCUGGACUUGCUGGGAAAAGGUACCAGCUGUCUCUGCUGGGUUGGUCCGCGGGCUGGCAGCGGUACUGAUGAAGUUGUCAUCAACUACCUCGACCUUGCAGCUGGAGGGAAACCUCAUCUUCUGUGCCAUCUCGACGAUGGAAAGGGCUCUGAGACGCGAAUUAAUUAUCGUCCAUCCACGGCCUUCUACCUGAGCGAUAAAGCCGGAGGCCAGCCCUGGAGAACCCGUCUGCCGUUUCCUGUACACGUUGUGCGCAAGGCAGUCAGACAAGACCAUGUGUCACAGACCAAGCUGACAACAACCUACGCCUAUCGCGAUGGCUUUUUUGAUCCACAUGAUAGAGAGUUUCGUGGCUUUGGAACGGUGCACAUUUGGGAGCAAGAGCAAAUGCGACUCGCACCAUCUGUGUCAUCCUCGUCCACAACGUAUAAGCUGCCUGUUAGACAUAUAAAGACUUGGUUCCACACGGGUGCUACGGAGUCAUCUUGGCUCCCAACAGGUACUUUCGAACCUCAUCGUAUGCAGACUGUUUUACCAGACAACGCUGGCUCAUCUGCUGCUGCUCAUGUAAGACGGGAGGCAUUCCGAGCCCUCAAGGGAUUGCAGAUGCGUUCUGAAGUGUAUCAGAAAGGGAGUUCGAGCUCCAGUAACACACCUAUCUCGAUUUCCGAGACGGCAUUCGACAUCCAGCUUCUCCAGAUGCCUGUUGACAGUCAUAUGAAUGAAAGGGCCAAGUUUAAGCACGAAAAACCUGGGAUCUCCCGCGUGCUUCCGCGCGAGCAGCUGAUGGAGAUCCGUGAGCGGCAGAAAGGAGAAAAUGCUCGUUUGCAGCACGAAAUGAUACUUGAACGAAACGAGUACGGCUCUGUCCGGCGAAAGCUGACCGUGUCGUAUGGUUGUACACCGGGAUCUCAAGUAUCCUUUGCAUCCAUAGUUGAGGCUUUGAAGAAUGGGAAACAGGAUGCAGCGUCUGCUCUCGAGAAGACUCUGCAGCGUCAACAGACUUCACACGCGACCAUGUCCGUCACAGCAUUCACCGACUGCGUGCGUACCAGAGAUGACUUUUAUACGCCUCGGGUAGCUUCCACUGUUGAGACACAAUAUGAAGGAUUUCAAAGAAACGAUGCCAUCUUGAACAUAGCAAAACUCCGGAGGGAACCAGACAUAGCAGCGGCUUUGGGUGUGGCUGGGGUUCCAGGAAAAGAGUCAAGAGUCUAUUACCGCUCGGCAGACUUGGAAGGUCCGUUGCCACUUGGCCAAAUCGAACGAGAUCGAGUGCCAAUUGUGAUUGAUCAAACACUGGAACGGGGCUUUGAGGCAAAUGACAAGCUGGCGUUACAUAAAUCAAUCACCCCUGGGAUAUCGGAAACUGAGUUGACAAACAUCUUGACCGAGGCUGGUUUUGUUCAACUACCCAAAGACGAUCGAUGGUGGAAGCCUUCGAGCCGACAGUCUUUUUCUGCGCCCUGCCAUGCUGCCGGCUCCGAGCUUGUGAGUGCCCGCAAAAGUUUCUUCACACCCACCAUGGAAGCCGAUGUUUUCCAGAACACCACCAUUGUGAAGAUGGACAGCUACAUGUUGCUCCCCGAGGUCUAUACCAACGCUGCGGGUCACCAGACUGAAGCAGAAAAUGACUACCGCACCUUAACAGCCCGUGUCAUGACGGAUUGUAACAUGAACCGCACUGCAGCUGAAGGAGAUGCCCUUGGUAACACGCACGCUGUAUCACGCAUGGGCAAAGAAGAAGAGAAAUUGGGCGAUGACCAUGUCGUGGAGAACCUAGUUUCACAAGGGCUCAUAGACGACUUCCUCAUUAAUCCGGCCGAGGACAAGGCAAUUGCUAUAUUGGGUGGCCGCGGGUCUUUGUCACUGUACUCGCAUCGACUCAAUGGAGACACUCCACCUUAUCGGAUCGAUAUCACUCGCGAUACUCACGCCCAUCCAGAUGGAGACGAUGAAAGGCCUUUGAAGCGCAACUUCCCAGUCAAAGUAACUUUCUUCGACCCACAAGGCCGGACGGUCCAAGAGUCGCACCUUGCGUCAUGGGACAAACAGCGUUGGGACAUUACUGGCUGUACUUCGUUUGAUGCUAAGGGCCACGCGAUACAAGCACACCAUGCUUUCACCAGCUCGACUCCGGCCUUUGUGCCAGUUUCGAAGAGAAACAGCCCUGCUACGGUGCAGUUUGUAGAUGCUACCGGUCGCCAGGUUGGGCAGCUCGACCCGGGCCAUACAUGGAGCAAAGUGCACUUCACGCCUUGGGCACAAUGGGUGUUUGACAAAGGUGCUACUUUGGGCAUUGAAGAUCCAGCGGCGGACCCGGAUGUUGGAGUCUACAUGUCUGCGCUUGGAAGAGGUGCAUACUCCCCUUCAUGGCUUGAGAUGCAUCGAAGUGCAGGUGGGAUUCUACAAGCUACUGGACAGAAGGCCAUGGACGCCUACGCCAAUCAUGUGAUGGUGCUCCUGUAUGAUGGUCGUGGCAAUGGGCUGUCUAAGAUUCAAGGUGUGCGUCAAGAUAAGACAACACAACCAAUUGCCGUUCACUAUGAAUAUGACGCUUUGGGCCAUCUUGCGCGUGAAGUAGAUGCUCUUGGCCGUACGGUGCAGACUACCCAGUACAACCGCCUUGGACAACAAAUAAUCAAGAAGAGCAUGGACAAGUGCGAGGAGAUAUCUCUAAGUGACAUUAAUGGCCAACCAGUCUACCUUUGGGACCUGGGUCCGGGCUCACGACGUCGAAUGGUCUAUAACAAUCUGCGCCAGCAAACAGAGACCUGGGUUCGCGCGAGCUCACACGAACGCGAAGUUCUUUGGACUCGAACGGUGUAUAACAGCACCAACACAAGUGAGUCCAGGUCCAUCAACAUGCUGGGGCAAGUCAUGAGGAUCGAAGACCAGGCCGGAACACGCAAGUUUGACAAGUAUGACUUCAAAGGCACAGCCAUUGCGGAAACUCGGGUGUUUUCUGAGGAAUACAAGACUGGACUAGACUGGUCGGCUGUCCCUGGUCCAAAGAUGCAAAACCACAUGACCUACCACUCUAGCCUUCGACUCGAUGCAGCCGACAGGCCAAUCUUCGAAGAAAAUGCUCAUGGCCGCCAAACAAGACGGUGCUACGACGUUCGCGGUAAUGUCGUUCACCUGCAAUCUAAAGCACAUCAGCAAGACAGUUGGACUGUACAUCUCCAAGAUUCAACCUUCACCGCAGAUCUACUACCCGUGAAUGUCACUCGCGGUAAUGGCACCAAGACCCAGCAUGAGUACGACCAAUACACCAGACUUCUAACCAACAAAAGAACCAGGCGCUCUGAUAGCAGCCUGGUUGAAGACAUUACCCAUAUAUACGACUGUAUGGGCCGCACUUCGCGAACUUUGGACGCAGCACAAGAGACAGUCUUCUACCGCAACCAGCGAAUAGAACCUGUUAACGAGUACUGGUACGAUUUCCAUGAUCGCCUGGUCAAGGCUACAGGAAGAGAGAUGGUUUCACUGGGACAGAAACAGCAACAAGGUCCCUUUUUCAGACAGCACAUAAACGGCGAUGCCAAACAAUUGACAUGCUAUACGGAGACGUACAGAUACGAUGACGCCGGCAACAUACUCGAGCACCGGCACGAUAUAUCAGAUACGACCAUGCCAAACUGGACUCGGAUUCACCGAUACAAUCAAGCCAGUCGUAUUGAGCCUGACAAGAUGAGCAAUCGACUGACAUCGGUGUCAAUAUCUGGCGUGGAAAGCAAACAAUUUGAGUACAAUGCCAAUGGUGCCACGGUAUCACUGCCAGGGUUCUCCUACGUUGGAUGGGACCCUAUGGAUUCUCUCCAUUGCGUAUCAACUCAGAUUGUCAAUCCAGGAGAUGAAACAGCGAUUCCCGAAACAACGUUCUUCGUCUACGACAAGGACGGUACACGUGUCAGAAAAGUCACAGAAUCAUCGCGAUCAUGUUGCAAGAUGAAGGAGACAUUGUAUCUCGGCCCUGCAGCUGAACACUCCCUGACCUAUUCUGGUGAUGGUGUGACUCCAGACUCGGAGGUGACUACGUGCCACCUGUUUCCCGCGACAUCCAACCCUGGUACCACCGCGGUGGUAACUAUAGAGCACUAUGUUAAAGCAGCUAAUCCUAAGCUCGGAAACAAGACUCUACAACGCUACAACCUCAGCAACAAUCUCGAAGUGGACGAGGACGGACACACCAUCUCCUAUGAAGAGUAUACGCCGUUUGGGACUCCAACAUAUGUAAUCCGCCAGUCUGGUAUUGACGCUCCCAGUGCAUUUCGCUUUGCUGCAUACCGACGAGAUCGAGAGACUGGUGGGAUGUACUACUGUAAUGCAAGAUAUUAUGUGCCGUGGCUCGGUCGUUGGAUGUCGCCCGAUCCACUAGGUACCGUUGAUGGCCCUAACAUAUACGCAUACUGCGGCAACAAUCCUGUCAACUGGGCGGAUCCAAAGGGCACCCUUAAGUGGAACAUGCAAGAUGUUAAGAACGCUGUUGUCCCAGCUCUCAAAUCCGCCGCACUUACUAUCCCCAGCGCUAUAGUUAGCAUAGGUACAGCAGCAGUGGCCAACACGGUCCUCACAGACAGGGUCAGUUCAACCCAGUCUACUCUCACCAAUUUUGCAUGGUCAGCUGCAGCUUACGGCUUGCAAACCGUCGCUGCAUCUUUGCCGGUCAUGGUCAAUGCCUUCGCGGGGUCUGUGCUGGCAGAGAGGGAUAAGCGAGAGGCCGCAAUGAAGGCAGAGGCCAAUGAUAAAAGGAUUGAAUCACUCGAAAAACAGAAUGAAAAGUUGAAAGCGCAGGUUGAAUGGCUAAAGAGGAAAGGAGAAAACCUGGAAAGGACUCUUGCGGCAAUAAGUACGGCGGUGGGGAUUGUGCCACAAGAAUUUGAAGACGAACCAUAUCCCGAGGACAGUGAAGACGAACUUGAAGCCGAAUUGGAGGGGCUAAAUGAGGGCAGACUUGAGGAUGAAGAGAGUAUUCCGGAAUUAUUCAUAAAUCAGGUGCCGAGCGCACAGAAUCUUGAAGAAAACAACCGAGCGUCUGAAGUGAGAAGGACAGGAGCAGACGUAAACCAGUCAUCUGUUGUCAAUCGGAGGGUCAACGCAUCUACAAACAGAGCCAUACACACAGAGCCUUAG